AUGUCUUCUUCGACAAAUGCAUCAGAGAAACUCCCACUGACCUUCGGGGUUGAAGUUGAGCACAUCUUUGGUAUCAACAAGGAUUUGGUAUGUUCCAACCCUGAAUACCACUGGUUGUUCCCCCAAAGUUGCACCAUUGACGCAAACUCUCCCAAUCCUCCAGACUUUGACCCCACGCUGAAAGAGAAUAGUGGCCUUCUGCAAGCGGUCAAAAUUCUGCGAAGCACGGGUGCUAUCCUCAAGCCGAUAGUUGACGAGACAACUCUGGAAAGCGACGAGCCGCCUCGCUGGAGCAUCAUCCCCGACGAAUCGGUCGUUACCCCCAACCCGACAGUUGUCCCCAUGGCUGAGCAAAACGACGAGGAGCACGGGUCGGACAUGUUUUCUGGCUGGACCAUGACCCGCGACGGAUCGGUCAAAUUUCCCAAGAAUGCUGAACAGCUCCGCUGGCCAGGCUGGGAGUUCGUGGGAUUGGAGCUCAUUUCUCCCAUUCUCAAGGUUCCCGAGUUUGGCUCGGAUCACUUUCAGCUCAAUGGCCUCGUUGAUGUCCAGAGGUACCUCGGAUUCAUGAACCAUCCCCGGCCAGAGGGCACACCCUAUUUCUUCCUGUCUAGUCCAGAGACGGCAGGUGUUCAUGUCCACAUCGGUUUGCAACCACAACCUGAUCGCCAAACUGAGAUCCCCGUUGACUUUAUACGCCAUCUCGCCCUUAUCUGCCUGGCUUUCGAGGAUACCAUCACUUUGCUGCACCACCCGCAGCGUCGCAGUUACACCGGCUCCUAUUCUCGUAACCACAUCGGAACCAAUCGUUUCGUGGGAAGGAUGACUCAUACGAACCCGCGCCAUCAUUGCGAGAAAGGACCCAAGUUCUCGCCCGAGGAUGCCUUCCUUCGUAUUUUCCUAGCCUCGGAUAUUGAGGAACUGGCGGACUUGUUGACAACUGUUCCUCUUGAAGACGACGAAUACGGCUACAUGGUCCGACAAUGCUAUGUGAACUUCUGCAACUGCUUCGGCUUCGAAUUCGGUGAUGAGGGCAAGAGAACAAUCGAGUUCCGACAGCAUCAUGGCACCUUCAACUCUGAAGAUAUUACCCAUUGGGUCGUUUUCCUCACGGCUCUAGCACGCACGGCGGAGCGCAAAGCGAAUGAGAAACCACAAGCUGACGCCCCCUUGCCACCGUCGCUUCUGAAGCAUCUCGCUCUUUGGCGAGACUCUCAGCCAGGUACAACGAGGGGGCCGUUCAGCGUGAUAGAUGCCCCUACUGACGAACUUUGGCAGGACAUCCUAUCAGACAAGCCACCCGGCACCCUGACAAGGGUUGUUGGAGAGGCGUCCAAGUACAGAGACCUGUUCCAGAUCGACAAGAGAAGGUCGCUCCGGGAGCUCUUUGAUCUGUUGGACUUGCCUCUGGAGUGUCGGCGCUACUGGUGGGAGCGAGCCAAGCGGUACAGAGUUGAGUGGGCCGCUCACUGGCGAGGCAAAAACACGUGUCGCCUCUAUGGCGGCCCCGGAUCCUGCAACUUGGAAGACGUCAGGGACUGUGAGGGCUGGGCCGAUGGUGAGUUGGAUGUUCCACCGUGGGAUGUUGACGCAGUUGGUGCGAAUGGUGAUGGCGAUGCCCCUGCUCGUGCUGGUCGAUCUCCACCACUCGCAGAAUCGUCCAGACUCGCGAACCAGCGUUCAGACGUUGACGUGACGGAUGCUGAUCCUCUGACAACUACUAACGGGGCAGAACUACCGUCGUCCUCGUCAAGCAGUUCUCGCCCGAAUGUCAUGUCGAUUGCGGCCAUCCUCAAUCGUCCUGAUGUCAUGUCCAUUGCGGCCAUCCUCAAUCACCCUGAAUCGUCUCUCCCUUGA